CCAACUUUACUUUUCAAGAUCUCGAUAUCGGGUAAGUAAAUUAACAAAAAUUAUUCAAUAUCUUGAACCUCCAUGUGGUCGAAAAAGGGAUAUAUCAUAGUUUCUCUUACUAAAUCUGUUGUCAUCUAAGAAAUUUGCAAGUCAUAGGGUACAAACUCAACUUUUGGAUCAUUCUUAAACUUGAUUCUCUCAACUGCAUUGCACAUUUUUCCUUUUGUUUUUAUUCUGUUAAAACUGGAACUAAUGAUUCUUUUGAAAAAUCUUUUGUUUGAUCAUCAAUGUUGCUACCUUGACACGAAUAAUUUGAAAUUGAGACUGCAUCUAGCUGCUUGGUCUGGGCAGACCGAAGUAGUAAGAUUUCUCUGCAAGAAUAAGGCUGACGUCGGAGCUGCUGCUAUGGAUGAUACGGCUGCGAUCCAUUUUGCUGCUCAGAAAGGUCAUCUAGAGAUAAUUAGGAUCCUAUUAUCCUCUGGUGUCUCUGUCAGGGCGGCUAACAGGAAAGGUUUGACCCCUCUGCACUAUGCUGUCCAAGGAUCCCAUCCAGAGCUCUUCAAGUAUCUCAUUAGAAAAGGUGCAAGCCUUACCGCCAAGACAAAGGCCGGGCAAACACCUAUGGACCUUGCGAGCACCGAGGAAGUCCGCGCUCUUCUCGUCGAGUGCAAACAAUCUUUGACCAAAGAUGAUAAAUCUACUACGAUCAUGGAGGUUGGUGACUCGGUUUCAAAGGAGGAUAUUGAAGCAAAAAAUGGAGGCUCCAUUCCUGAAGAGUCAGCUAAUGUCAAUGAAGAAGGCACGGAUACUAAGGAAAAGAGAAGAGGUGAGGCAACGGCUGAUGAGGACUCAUCAAAACCGAAAAAGGCUAAGGUUUCCCUUGAUCACCUUCUGGCUGAAAAUGAUGUCUUAGAUGAGGAUGAAGAAUAGGACACAGGUAUGAAAGAGAACAAUCAUAUAAGGGCAGUUCUAGUGUUGAAGCUCUAACAUUUUAUGGUAACUUUAUGUGUUGUUUUCUUGGACUUUAUGUGUUGAUCUGUAAGGUUUUCUUUGUUAGCAAGUGUUGCACAUCUUUAUUCUUCGUGUCCUUGUUGUAUCUGAAGCAUGCUUUUGCAGUGGAUGAACGAAAAGUUCUCACAUUUUCA